AUGUCUUAUUUGGACCUAAUUAGCAGCAAGAAAAGGAAGAGAGAAGAGAGAGUGUUCAGGUUCAAGAUUUUUGGUGAAAAUGGCUACCCAGUUGAGUUUGAUGGGUCAUUCAAACAAAAUAUCAAAAACCUUCUUGAACUUGGGCAUUUUGAGAGAAAUAUUUGCAGUAGACUGCCAAGCUGGUCAUUUAAGCUUGAAGUCAUACGCCAACCUUCUUUUCACAUCUUGUUGUUUGUUGUCGAGGAACCAAUUGAGGCAUCACUGGAACAUCAUUGCAAGCACUGCCAGUAUGUUGGCUGGGGUCAGAAUAUGAUUUGCAACAGGAAGUAUCACUUUGUUCUACCUUCGAAGGACAUGGAAGCAGCUUUUUUGAACUGUCGAGAUGGGGCAAUUUCAACAAAAGACAACUUCAAUUUAGUGCAAUUACAGGGCCAUAUCAUGCAUGGUAUCUUCCACUCUAAUGGGUUCGGGCAUUUGCUGUGUGUCAAUGGGAUGGAAGGAGGUUCCAACUUGGCUGGAUGCCAGAUCAUGGAAUUUUGGGAUCGGUUGUGCACGGGAUUGCGAGCAAGGAAAGUGAGCUUGAAUGACAUUUCACAGAAAAGAAGCAUGGAAUUGAGACUCCUCCACGGUGUAGCAUUCAGUGAACCAUGGUUCGGUCGUUGGGGUUAUAAAUUCGGGCGUGGAAGCUUCGGGGUCACUCAACCAAUGCACCAGAAAGCCAUUGAAACUAUACAAGGCAUGCCCUUAUGCAUACUUGUCCAUUAUCUUGGGAAUUCUAAUCAUCAUAUUCCAGUCAUUCUCUCUAGGUACCAAACGGUAUCAGAUCAUUCUUUGGUGACUCUUGGUGACCUAUUCCGCUUCAUGUUAGAACUCAAGACCCACCUUCCAGAAGAAAAUUGUGUCGAUAGCCAUAUUGUGAAACCUACCUGUAGAUGGUCUCCAAAACGAGUUGAAAUGGCAACAAGGGUGAUUGUGGAAGCUCUAAAAAGGGCUGAAUUUAGGUGGGUUUCAAGACAAGAUGUUAGGGACGCUGCCCGUGCCUAUAUUGGCGACACAGGUUUGCUAGAUUUUGUGCUAAAAUCACUCGGAAACCAUGUAGUAGGGAAUUAUUUAGUUCGGCGCUGCUUGAAUCCAGUAACAAAGGUUUUAGAGUAUUGCUUGGAAGAUGUCUCAAAUGUAUAUCCUGAACAACAAGGUUUGGUCACCAACAAUUCAAAAAUGAAGGGUAGAUACAGGAUGACAAGGCCUCAACUAAUGAAGGACAUGCUCUACUUGUACAGAUGUAUCCUCAAAGACCAAAAACCAGCAAUGAACCAAGGGAUUCUUAGCGCAAUACCAGCAGCUACAAGGAUAAUUCUUGACACCAAAUACCUUGUCAAAGAAUAUAAUGGCGAACUGCCAUGGAAAAUUCAUCACACCGGCCAUGAGGAAGCUGGGAAAAUGACACUGUAUUGCACUGUUUUUUUAAUAGACAAACAAGAGAGCAAUGAAGUAAUGAAAAAGGAAAUGCCACCAUUGGAAUGCAUCACCUUGAAAAACAACGCUACCUUCAAUGAGCUUAAGCUAGAAGUGGAAAGGAAGUUCAGGGAAUUGUACUGGGGAUUGAAAAGCUUCGUUGUAGAGUCAAUAAUGAACUUGAAUGUGAAGGGCACGGAUUUGGUUUCCGAACUAGUUGAGGUGGGUCAAAGAAUUGUGUUAGAGGGGAGCAACGCAAAGAGCGGGACAAUCAACGAGUUAAUAUAUGAAUGUGGCGCUAAUAACCGAGUCGUAGAUUGUGCCUGUGGAGCCAAUGAAGAUGAUGGUGAGAGAAUGAUAUCUUGUGAUAUCUGUGAAGUUUGGCAGCAUAGUAGAUGUGUUCAAAUUCCAAAUAAUCAGGAAAUGCCUCCUAUAUUUCUCUGCAGCCGCUGUGAGAAGGAAAUCAUGAUUUUACCAUCUAUGCCAUAG